GAACCAUCUGCCUUCUCGCCACGGUGGCACCACGGCAGGCUGCCAUUGCGACGUUCAGGCGAGCAAACGCCACAGCAACACGCCCCCAUGUUCCUGCGGUCGCAAUCUUCUACCGCCAUUGAGCGAUCGUAUUGUCUUGAACAGAGCGGCGACGUCUCCAUGAGCCCUCCCUCGUCGACGUACAACCUUGGCGCGGACAUCGUCAUCGACCCUCGACUUUUCGUGUCCCCGGCGCAGUGGGUUGACAAGAGCUCUCGCAGUCGAUGCCUCGUUUGCGUGCGCGACUUUAACCCUGUCUGGCGCAAAAAGCACACGUGCCGCAUGUGUGGCGACGUCGUAUGCAGCCGCUGCUCCGUCCACAAGCACGUCGAUGUUCCAUUAAAAGACAACUUGUUUCGCAUCUGCACGUGGUGCUUUCUCCGCGUGCGGCAGGCGCCACCGGCGGCGGCGGUCAUGGCGGUCAAAGACAUUGGGGACUCGUCUUUCCUCGACAACGAUCAGACACGGGCCACGGAAGACGCCGAUGAUGUCCAGUCGGAAGACGAUGAUGGCUUGAUGUACGACGUGGCAAUCGUCGAGGAUUUUGUCGAUCCCGACUUGGAAUUGCUCAAGAUGCGGGAGCAAGAGCUCGAAGCGCAAGUGGCCGAGAGUCGUCUCAAGGUGCAGUCGCUCGAGGCCAAGAUCCAAGACACCGAGCGCCAAGUACACUUGACAGCGCAGCAACAAAAGGAGCUCGCGGAUGCCCGCGCGUUGAUCGCCGACCUCCAGCGGCAGCUCCAUGAAAAGGAAGAUGCGCACUACACCACUCGAAUGACACUUCACGAAGAUUCGUUCCACCAUCGCAUGACGCUGUCCGGAAUGACUUCAACUGGGCGGCGGCCGUCGAGCGCUUCAGCGCCACAUCAUCGUGCUGCCCCGCCCCCACUCCACAGCCAGCCGCCGUCCUCGACUUCAACCAGUCCCGACGACGACGCCGCGCGGCUGCGACGACAACUCGCAAAGAUGGCCCGUCAAAUGGCCCAGGCGGGACUCCAUGUUGCUGACGACAUUCCGUACGCCGAGGCAAAACAACGAGUGGCCGAAAUCUCCCGCCGCAUGCAGGUUAUCGGGUCCGCCGAAGUCGUGGUCCAUGGCAAUCCAGCGCAGCAGGCGGCCCUUCGCAAGGAGUACUUUCAGCUUGAGCAGGAUAUGGAAAGGUACAACACAGCGCUCAUGGUGUCGGACGAGUACGUGGCAGAGCAAGCUGCUCUCGCCAAGCAGUGGGAAGACCAGCAUGCAGCGGUUAACGAAGCGGCGCUGCGCCAACUUCGCAGCUGUGUUCCUGUCAACGUCACCAUGCUUAGCGAGAAGCAGCUCGCUGAUCAGCUGCGAUCCCCCGCUCUGGCCCGCAAGCUCAAGCGAACGAAUGUACUUGCGCUGUGCCGCGCCGACCCGUCAACCAUUCAACGGAUGCACCCGAGCCUCGUGGAAGGGUACCGCCUCGUGGGGUUGAGCGUAUUGGAGCGCAGGGCAUUGCAUGUCGUGCUGGCGGCGCCGAUGGCGGAAUGGCGGAAGCAUGCAAAUGACGAACUGGCCAAGCGCAAGCUCGCUUGGGCCACGAAACUUCGCGACGCACUAGUGGCAGCGGUCGCAACGUACGACGCUCAUAUAGGCACGUCGUCAGAGGCGUCACAUUCAUGCAAUCAGCGCCACCAGUGUCCUGUCGUGCUGGAAGCGAAGGCUCGGGCGCUGUAUGCGACAGAUCUUGGCUAUCCACAAGAGGCUGUGUACCACGUCCAAGCCAUCGUCCAGGCGUCAGCCCCAUCGUCUUCUCCAUCGGCAGAUGCGAUCGCUGCAGACGCCGCCGCGAAAGCUCGGUCUCAAGAGCAGUUGGUGAUGGUCAAGCAGCACUACAAGGGCAACGUUUUGCAGGUGACCCAAGCAAUGGGUGCCAUUGAAGAGAUGGAAACAACGCUGGCCGCACUGGCCGCCGCGGAGGAAGCGCUUGUGUUGCAGCAUGGCAAAGACAAGGAGCGUUUGGCGGCGCUCGUGCAGUCAGCGCGCGACGCGAUUGCGGCGAUCGCAAAACGGAGCGGCAUUUGCCUCGUCGGCAAGCGCGACCGGGCAAAGGAAAGAGAGGACGGACGCAGCCGCGUCGAAGCAGCUGUGGCGUACGCGGUCACGACAUACGUAGACGACAUGCGUGACGAAAUGGAAGUCCACAUGCUGUGCGUCGACCCGGUGCACAAGAGCGUCGUGUGGCUACAGGCGCUGGCGACGCUCCUGCAGGACGUGAAAACCCGCAACGCUGCCAAGUUGCAGAGCGGCAUCGAGGACGCUCCAGCGUGCUGUGUAUCGAUCAAACGACUGUCGUGGAAGGAUAUCAAGGCCGGCAAGUCCCUCGUCCAAGCAUCAACGCGGCCGCUGCCCACCACGUUGCAACUUUCUCUGUCGCCUGGGAACCAAGCGCCACAACCAGCCCGACCACCGGCAAACUUUUUAGAGGAGCUGAAAAAGGCCAAAGUGGCCAAAGCAUCGACCCCUGCCCAUGACAUGCUGGCCAAGAUUCGCGCGCGGCGCACCAGCAAGGCCGACAACCCUCCAACUAACUCUAGCGGGCAACCGACCAAGUCGGCAUAGAAUAGCGUGGACGUAUAUAGCACACUGGUUCGAUUCCCACGCAGCCUACUGCCUACAGCAUCCACGGCGAGGUUGUGCGGUGGAGGGUCAGCUUGGACGUGCCAAGAAGCAUUGUCCGCAAUGCCUCGGGACGGAGGGAGCUG